AUGAGUGCUGCACAGUACGCUCGGUUGGUGCCGAAAAAGUAUCGUUCGCGGACGCUUCCGAAGGUCGACCGUCCGUGGCGGCCACGUGUCAUCGCUUGGGCCGGUCCUGCCGCUUUCUAUCCAAAUAGGUGAGAAAUAGUUGAGUUGGCGAAGUUUUAUAAAAGUUAUUGCUCGUGCUGUUUGAAACUAAAGUUCGAGCUUGUAAACAUUAUUAAAGAUGACUUCUGAGAUGAACCGAUAGUCCGAAGCAACUACAUUUUCAUAAAAUGGUUCCUUAAGAUUCUACGAGAUCGACAAAUGGUACAAAGCUCGGAUCGACAAGCCGGAAAAGCUGCCGCAAAUGCACAUUAUCGAUCCGUCGGAGCACACGAAAGCGUUGAGUGAACUGCUCGCCAAACGUAUGUUUUCAUAUCUAUUUUCCGUUUCUCAAAAUAGAUGAGUUUUCAGCUGAUUUCGUGCCAGUCAAUAUCGGAUUCAAGAAAAAUGAAACAAGUUCGAAAGCGACAACGACAGAAGAAGAUCGUGCCGAACUGGAGAAAAAGUCCCGACAUAUGCAACGUGAGAUUUUUUCGCCAAUUCAUUUCUUAAAUCAUUUUUUCAGUGAAAAUCGACAUCGACUCGCUUGAUGUGCAAAGUCUCGCCGUUUACCGCCAUUUUCUCGUUUUCGAUCACCUUUUCGGAGAGAACGUCUUCUUUGAUAACGUCCAAAAACUGGAAGUGAACUUCGGCGACAAUAUCGUUCACAACGGAAACAUUCUGACGGCCAACGUGACGAGCUCAAGGCCAGAAGUGUCGAUUGAAAACGUCGGAAAAGACGGAUUCAGCACGCUUUUGAUGGUGAAUUUGGAUGGAAAUGCACUCGAGAAGAAGGGCGAAGUCGUCCAGUGGCUGGUUGCCAACAUCCCGAACGGACAGGAAGUGUCCGCUGGAAAAGAGGUUGAUCCGUUCAAACAGUUUCUGAAUAAUAGAAUAAAGAAUUCAGGUGGUCGAGUAUCUGCAGCCGCUUCCCUUCUACGGAACUGGAUUCCAUCGUGUCGCUUUCGUUCUGUUCCGGCACAAUCAGCCAAUCGAACUGAACUGGAAUGGGUCCGUGAAAAUAAUUUUUUGAGUCGAUAACAAUUAUUUAAGAACAUCACUCGAAAAUCGAAUCCAGGCAAUUGCACAAUUCUACAAAAACAAUGAGAGCAUUCUGACUCCAUCCGCUAUCCGAUUCUUCCAAACGUCAUACGAUGACAGUGUCAAAAAAGCUCUGCAUUCACUUGGUAACGGAAAAGAAGAGAAAAGUAUCCACUCUAUCAUGUUUGAGGCUUGAAAUCGCCGCUCUACGAAUACGAAUACACACCCGCUUUGAAGCCAACACAACGAGAGUUCCCGGAGAAACCACAGCCGUUCGAUCUGUACCUGGAUAUGUACAGAGAUUCGAAAGAAGUGGAACAGGAAAUUUUGGAGCAACGACUGGCGGCAGUGCAAUUGGAAGACGUGCAGGUGAGCAAGACAAAGGUGGCGAAGCGGAAAGAUAAGGAGAAGGAAACAGGAAAACCCGCCGCCCUUUGCCCCAGACUACAGUACCCUCCUCUAUGAUUAGUUAUCAGUUUGAACAUUGACCAAAUUGGUUUUCUCCGUUAUCAACGUCGUGUAGCUCACGUGGCGGAGACACUUAAAUCCGGAUGGAGUCUUCUGGCGAAAGACGUCAGCAACGGAAUGAGGGGAAUGUUUGUGCUUGCAGGAACCGAAAUGGGUUGAUCCGGAUUACGUGGAGAACAAGAAGAAACUUCCGGCAUGGCUGCACGCGAAGAUGAUCGAGAGGAAGAGCGUCGGACACGCAAAGUACCACAACGAAGUUAAAUGA